GAACGAUGCUAUCUGGCUGCGCCUUUUCAGUAGCCUGGGAGAUCAUCGCGAGAAAAGGAAUGCCCUGAGGAGUGUUGUAGUCAUGUCGAAGUAGAAGAAACCUGCUCAGGUCACUUCAGGAUGCGCUCUAAGAUGCUCGUUUUUAUGAUUUAUAUCAUUCCACCUCUGGGCGCCUAUGAUAUGGAUUCGAUUCAGAUGCUUGUUGCCUUCGGCGCGCGUUCUCUACAUUUCCGCGGUCCCAGUCUCGACGAUCCGUGUAUAGGGAGAGGCACCGGCCAUCAGCGACAUUGCUGUGAUGACGACUUCAGUCAGCAAGGUCGCUACCGUCAAACACGCUAACGACAGUUUUUUGUUCGUGUCUGUUGCCCCCAUUGUCUGCGAAGGCUGAGGAAAAUCCUGCAUUACCUGUUGAUAUGAUCAAGUCUUCUGCCG